AACAACACAAAAUGGAUGAAUCACAAUUUAUUUACAUAUGGAGAAGAAAUGUUUAUUAACCGAUAACAGAGAUGUGUCUGUUGAUCAUAGCAAAUUAACACGUAUUGCAAUCCUUGAAUCCAGUCGAGAAGAAAACAUUGACGCAGUGGUCAUUAUGGAUGAAGAAACUUCAAGUGGUUUUAAUGGAAGGUUGGCAUUCUCUAUAGCAUCAUGUGUCCUAGGAGCAUCCUUUACAUUUGGUUACAACACUGGUGUGGUCAAUACGGCUGAAGGGGUUAUUAAAGAUUUUUAUAACCGUACUUAUGUAAAUCGAGAUGGUAAAGCUAUGACCCAGAGUACAAUGACGUUACUAUGGAGUUUUACUGUGGCAGCCUUUGCUCUGGGGGGUAUGAUUGGGGGUUUCAGUGCUGGAUACUUCUGUAAUAAAUAUGGAAGAAAGGGGACAUUACUGAGGAAUAAUUUGUUAAAUUUAUUAGGCGGAUUAUUAAUGUUGUUUUCUGACACUGCCAAGUCCUAUGAGAUGUUGAUAGUUGGCAGACUGGUGAUUGGAAUAUGUGCAGGUAUAUUUACUGGAGCAGCACCUCUGUACCUAUCUGAGAUUGCACCAAUAUCUCUACGAGGAUUUGCUGGAGUGUUCAACCAACUAGCUAUAACCUUUGGUGUAAUGAUAUCUGAAAUACUAGGAUUACAGUUUAUAUUAGGGACAGCUAAUUAUUGGAAAUAUGCUGUAGGUAUGACUAUUGUUCCCAUGUGUUUCCAGCUAUGUACUUUAGUUUGGUGUCCAGAAAGUCCAAGAUAUCUGAUGCUGUUAAAAAGUGACGAAGAAUCUGCUGAGAAAGCAUUGAAAUGGUUAAGAAAUAAAGUAGACGUAUCGGAUGAAAUAGAAGAAAUGAGAAAAGAAGGUGAAAGAAUGAGAAAAUCUAAAAAAUUCUCUAUCACAGAUUUAUUUCAUCAUAAAGAGUUAUUAACUCCAUUGAUAAUUGGUUUGGUGAUGCAGCUUUCCCAACAAUGGGGAGGUAUAAAUGCUGUGAUAUAUUACUCCACUGAAAUUUUUGAAGGAGCAGGCCUUUCUAAAGCAAAUGCCCAGUAUGCAACAGUUGGAGUGGGAGGAGUUAAUGUUGCCAUGACAUUUGUAUCAGCCCUGAUUAUGGAUAGGGCAGGAAGGAGAACGCUACAUUUGAUUGGUUUAGGUGGAAUGUUUGUAGGUUCUGUGGUGCUUACAAUAGGUUUAGAAUAUCAAUCUGACCAUAAGUGGUUAUCUUACCUCUGUAUUGUAGCUGUUGUGCUGUAUAUUAUAUUCUUUGCCACAGGACCAGGUUCAAUUCCAUGGUUUAUUGUAGCAGAAUUAUUUGACCAGCAGUCAAGGUCAGCAGCUGUUAGUUUGGCUGUUCUAACCAACUGGUUUGCUAAUUUUUGUGUGGCAUUAGGCUAUCCUGAAAUGAAUACACAUCUGAAACAGUUAUCUUUUGUGCCAUUUGUGUGUCUUCUGUUUUUCUUCUGGUUGUUUACAUUCUUUAAAGUACCCGAGACAAAAGGAAGAAGCAUUGAGGAAAUAAGACUGAUGUUUCAACAGCCUAUAAAUGACUCAUCAGAAGAUGGAACAGUUCAACGUAGGGGCAAAACUAGAUAUACCCUAAUACCAACAGAUGAACCUUCAGUCACAUAAGAUUGAAAAGUUUAGUUAUAGUUAUACUGUAAAACAAUUGAAUUUUCAAAUGUUAUUUAUUUUUAUUGGUGUGGUAAGUUAAGUUUUGUUAUAAAUUAUUUUUUGGCAAUGUUUGGGUUCCUAAAUGUUUUUUUCACAGAAUUUUUGCAGCAUUUAAUUCUUUAUGCUUGUUUUUCAUUUAUGCUUAUUUUUUUUGUUCAAUUUUCUUGUUUCUUUAUUAAUUUCAAUAAAUGGUGAAAAUAUCUAGAGGUAUAGCCAUGCAGCUAGUUAAUAAUGAUUUCUUUUCUGUUUGUCCGACAAGAAGCGACAUAAAGACUAUUAAGCUACAAGAAAACUUAAAAAUAGUGUUAUUAAAAUAAAUAUAUUAAAAAAUAUGCAUUGACAUUUUUAGCUCACCGCAAGUGAGCUUUUCUCAUCACUUGGCAUCCGGCGUCCGGCGUUAACUUUUACAAAAAUCUUCUCCUCUGAAACUACUGGGCCAAAUUUAACCAAACUUGGCCACAAUCAUCAUUGAUGUAUCUAGUUUCAAAUUUGU